AUGGAUGUCUUUGGAGCAUUGUCCGGUGAUACCAAGGACCCUUCUUCUAGCGGCCGCGACUUCGACCGUCAAUUCCAAGCACUUGUACCAUCCGGGGCAUCCAAAGGUGACUACGAGGCCAUCGAGCUUCGCGACGACAACAAAGACGUCUAUGGGGGCAAAGGUGUCGAGACGGCCGUCCACAACGUCGAAAACGUCCUCGGACCCGCUCUCAUCAAAGCGAAGCUCGACGUUGCCACAGAUCUAAAGAAAAUCGACGCUCUGCUGCGCGAAGUGGACGGUUCCAAAGACAAGAGCAAACUCGGUGCCAACGCCAUCCUCGGCAUCAGCAUGGCGUGCGCGAGAGCCGGUGCAGCCGCGCGGGGAGUGCCCCUGUACGAGUUCCUCCGCGAGGAAUCGGGAUCCAAGAAACCUUACGUCAUGCCCGUGCCCUUCUUCAAUGUCCUCAACGGCGGCGUGCACUCGGGCAACACCAUGGCGUUCCAGGAGUGCAUGAUCGCUCCCGUGGGCGCGCGGUCAAUGGCCCACGCAGUCCAGAUGGGCUCCGAAGUGUAUCAGGAGCUCAAGAAGGUGCUGACCAAGGCCUUCGGACCAACAGCAACCGGUAUCGGCGACGAGGGGGGCUUCGCGCCGCCGAUUUCCCAGCCUCACGAGGCACUCGACUUGCUCGUCACGGCGGUCGAGAACUGCGGGUACACGGGCCGGAUCAAAUUCGCCAUCGAUCCCGCCUCCAGCGAGUUUUACCGGGGCGGCGAGUACGACCUCGGCUUCAAAGGCAAGACGUCGGAGAAAUACACGGGCGAGAAGCUAGGGGAUCUGUACCGCCAACUGCUGGACAGGUACCCGAUCAUCCUGCUCGAAGACCCGUACGCACAGGAUGACUGGCCGUCCUGGACGGCGUUCAACAAGACGUGUCCCGUCGAGCUCGUGGGCGAUGAUCUCCUGGCCACCAACGUCGAUCGCAUCGAAGAGGCCGAGGAGAAAACCGCGUGCAACUCUCUCUUGCUGAAGAUCAACCAGAUCGGUACCAUCACCGAAGCACUAUCUGCGGCAAAAAUGGCAUACGAACUGGGCUGGAGCGUCUUCGUCUCGCAUCGAUCCGGCGAGACGACGGAUGACUUCAUUGCCGAUCUGACCGUGGGGUUGCGGACGGGCCACUUGAAAUCGGGAAGUCCGUGCCGCGGGGAGCGGGUCGCCAAGUAUAACCGCUUGAUGGAUAUUGAGGAUGAGAUCAAGGCGUCGGGUGCGGAGGUCAUGUAUGCCGGCGUGGAGCUUAGGACUAUACAUUCUGCAUAG